GAAAUAAUUGAAUUAAUGAGAGAAGGAAUAAAAAGGAAUUAUACACUCCAUGAAAAGUCAGUAUUUUCUGAUGAUUCAAAAUGGAAACUACGUUCUGAAGAUUUCUUUUACAAACCUUUUACUGAUAUCUCCGAUAUCGUUCUUGAAGAUGAAAUAGAGGAAAUCCAAGAAGAUGCAAGAAAUGCCAUCAGUUACUACCUAGUUCCCUCAUUUCAGAAGCUGGCAGAUUUCAUGAAAAAUGAAUAUCGCCCACAUCUUCGCCCUAAAAUAGGUGUACGUAGCCUGCCCAACGGCGAAGAUUUCUAUAAACGUCAGCUCGCUUUUCACCUCACGGAUACUUCUGUCUGUCCUGAGGAAAUCCAUCAGAUGGGGCUGUCAGAAGUAGAAAGAAUAACUAAUGAGAUGGAAGAAGUGAUACAAAGUCUAGGAUUGGAUCUCACUCCGCAAGAAUUUAGUGAUCAUGUUCGAAAUGACCCUUCACUUUUCUUCUCUUCAGAAGACGAAGCAUUGAGCGCUUACCGCGAAGCUAUGUUUAAUGUACUUAUGCCAAAAAUGCCUGUGCUCUUCGAUUAUAUACCUCAAAAGAAACUGAAAGUGGAAAAAGUUCCUAAAGAAGUGGCAUCGGGCCCGAGAGCUUAUUACAUGAGACCAUCACCUGACAACUCAACGCCCGGUAUCUUUUACCUGGACACUUCAUCGUUAGAAGACAUACCCAAAUAUGAAGUGAUGACUCUGUCAAUGCAUGAGGGAGUUCCCGGUCAUCAUUUUCAGAUUUCUUAUGCUAUGGAACAAACUCACUUCCCCAAUUUUCGGAAAUACGAUGUACAUAGCAGCGCAUUUGUAGAAGGAUGGGGUCUGUAUGCUGAAUAUCUUGGCUAUGAACUAGAUGUCUAUGACGAUCCCUAUAUGAGGUACGGACAUCUUUCUCAAGAAAUUUUCAGAGCGUGCAGAAUGGUUGUGGACACAGGAAUGCAUUAUUUAGGGUGGAGUCGGAAGAAAGCAAUUAAUUAUAUGAUGAAGAACACUGCCUAUACUUUAAGUAACAUAGAAAGAGAAAUCGACAGGUACAUAACAUGGCCGGGACAAGCAUGUGCGUAUAAAUAUGGCCAAAUAAAAAUCAAAGAUCUCAGAAAAAACGCUCAUCUAGCAUUGGGAAAAGCUUUUGAUUUAAAAAAAUUCCACGAUGUUAUACUGUACAAUAAUGGACCGAUGGAGUUCGUCGAAAAGCAAAUAGACCGUUAUACAAAUGUCGUCUGGCUGAGAAGUGAUAAAUAGAAUCCAUAGUGAAUGUCUGCACAGAUAACUAUACUAUUAUUAAAAUCAACAAAAGGUACAUAAUCAACCUACAGAAGAAGAAAUGCAAGAAAAGAAAUUAGUCAUUGUUGUGAAAAUGGUUUAUUAAAAAAUGUCUGAUAUCACCCUGGUUAAAAAUGUUGAAAAGAAAAUUUUUGCAAUAUCAUAUUUUCCUAUGGCUGAUGCAUAUUUUGAGAGAAUAAAUUACAGAAAAUUAGUUGUAUCAACUUUUUGACCUAAACUCUGCUUUUGAAAUUUUAUAUCGCUAAUAUACUGUUAAUCAUAUCUGAUAACAUCCUUGAAAAUCAAAAUCAGUAGAUUUUCAAAGAAACUUCCUUUUUCUUCUUCAGCAAACUCCAAAUACUUAAAUUUUGUCCUUAUAAAACUCAUCAACAUUUUGCCUAGUUAUAUGAAAACAUAUGUUAAUUUGAUUCUGCAUGUGUUUUCAGAAUUUUUUAAACUGAAAAAUAAGACAACAUAUACACAGAAACAAUAUUUUAAUUACAUCAAACAAUUUAUAAUACAUUCCACUUCACAUUUCUGCAAGUAAAAAGAACAGAUAUAUGAAACAUACCAUUGCUGCAUUGAACAUAUAGUUAACAUUUUUAACAGCAGUUUUGUGUAACAUUAAAAAUACUUCAAUGUUAUGAAAAUGAGUCUUUUUUUAUAUAAAUGGAUAUGAUAUCACUGUAACAGUAGCAUGCACCAUGAUAAUAUGUAACUAUAAAAAAACACAGUUUUCUAAUAAAUUUUAAAAUUUCCUUUCUACAAGCAUAAAUAUAAUUCACUGGACAGUUGGUUUUAAAAAAAAGUAGAAAUCCAUCGAAUAAUUUUCAACAUUUAUUAAAUGUAUACAAUUAUAAUAGAUGAACAUGCUAGUUUCAAAAUAAAUGCAUUUUUAUGCAGAGAGAGAUAUAUUAGGAUGUAAAGGACAAUACAGGGUUCUGCA